UCCUCACGCAUGCCAGUAACCAAAUAGGGAUCUUAAAGACACGCCCACCGUCGUGUCCCAUCCGCUCUACAGAGCGACGUCACGUGACUUCAGCCAAUCACGUUCCACCAGGGUGGGUUCUAUUGAGUGACAGCUAGAACAACUAAUGACGAGUUUGGCGGGAGAACAGGUGGGCGUGGACAUCGCCGAUGGCGGACAAGAUGGAAGCUGAGGAGAGAGCCCCGCCGUGUGAAGAUGCGGGCCCGUCAGAACCGGCGUCCCCCAGACCGGGGCGGCUCCUUAUCUUCAAAACCCUGGUGGACAAGUUCCUGGAGGGGCUGGUGGAGGCGGGAAGUUAUCAGCGAUUCGCUCGCUGUUACCGGAAGUUCUACAAGACGCAACCGGAGAUCACCCGCAGCAUCUACGACCAGUUUGUCACCCAGCUGCACGCCUCCAUCAAUGCUGAGAUUCAGGAGAUAAAGGAUGAAGGGAACCUGGAGGCUCUGCUCGAUUCUCUGGACAAACUGGAGAGUGAGGCCGGGAAUAAACCCGAACCACAGUGGCGACCUAGCGGGAUUCCAGAGGAAGACUUGUGCAGCCAUCUUGUGCCUUACCUCCUCCAGCAGCGGGAAUAUCUGCGCCGACUCCUAAAGGAGAAACAGCAGGAGAACGCCGGGCUGGCCCAGUCCGUCCUGGCCGGGAGAGAGAAGAUAGAGGAGAUGCGGAGAGAGAUCGAAGCGAGGCGGAAGGCCUGGCAGAUCCUGAUCGCAGCGGCGUGGCCGAUUCCCGCAGCGCAGAAGCUUUCAUCUCUAGACAAGAAUCGGCUAAUUUUGCCAGAAGACACAGACGCAGCAACAUCCACAACCUGAUAUAUGGGGGUUCUCAGAGGACAUUUGGGGCCCCAGUGAGGUCCCCUUUGGAAGCCAAGAGAGAGGUGUGUGAGCUGAACCCGGACUGCGAUGAGCUGGCGGAUCACAUUGGGUUCCAGGAGGCUUACAGAAG